AUGACCGCCACCUCGCCGCUCCAACCCCAUAUUCGGGCGCGGUCGCUGUCUGACAGCACCGCGCCUGCGAGACAGAUCGACGAUGCGCCACGCCUCCAUGAGACAAGACGAGCGGGUAUGCCACGCGCCGUAUCUACGCUGGGCAUGUACGGUGCAGAGCGCGCCACCGUGCACGAUGACGACCACUACGAUCUAGCGCGGGAGCAGGUCGACAGGGAGACACUCCGUGAUCUGGCAGACUUCUUCCGACACACAAAGCCACCGGGCUUCAGGCGGCACAGCGGCGCGGCGCCCGAUGGUUGCUUUGGGAUGUCGACACCUUUUGGAGGAGAUCACAACAACAAGAGGUGGUCGAUACGAUCCUUACGAAAGGGCCAUCGCGACAAAAUCAAAGAAGGACCGCGUCCCUUCAAUCCGAGGGACAGCACGACGCUCAGGACGACGGCGGCUGGGCAUACAUAUGUGGCCAUUGCCGUGCCGCCGAACCAGACCGUCGGCGAGGCGAGGGCGUCCCUCCAGUCGAGACUUUCGGCGUGGCAUCAGCAGAACGCUCCUGGGUGCAACUCUACAGGUGACAUUGCGAGUCUCACCUCGGGCGAGGUCGACGCCGUGGUCCACCGGUCGUCGUCGGGGGUGGACAAAACUCCCUAUCGACUCUCGAUUCGUGUGUCCGCAGCUGAGCCCGGGAUCCGCUCGCUACUGAAGCUGGUGGACAGUUGGCUCGAGGAGCACAACGAGGUUGACCAGGGUCAACAAGCCAGUGCAUCGGACAAGGCCAAGAAGAGGAGCUCGGUCGCGACGCUGCCCAUGUCUGUUGUCUCCGGCAUUGCGGAGGAGCAGGGAGACGGUGGCGAUACUGAGGGGGCUCGGGAGAGAUCCACUCCUGACACGGCACCGGUGAUCAUGGUGAACCCAGCAGCAUCAACUGACGCAUCGCCAACAUCCGUAUCCAGCCCCGACUCGCCCAACUACGCACCGCGAACACCACCGCUUCCAGGUGGUGAGCCAUCGAAACGUGCGAUGCGGUCUACUGACAGCAUCAAGGGUCCGGCAGACAUUACCGUCAAGCGCACGCUCGAGAUCCCACCGAACGACAUGCUUGUCGAAUCGCCUGGCUUCCCCAACAUGCUGGCUGCCAUGACGUUCCCGUCACCACCAGAGAGCGCUCAUGCUCGAAACUAUAGCACGUCCGCAGCAUUGCCGCUCAGGGCGUCUCACAGUCCACCACCAGCUACGAGUCGCGCUUCUUCAGCAUCGUCAGCAGACCCACGGCCCUGGCGCCUGGAGCGGCCGCGCCCGAACCAGAGCAGGUCGGACGGGGCCUUUCAAUCUCACAGGCCGAGAUCGUCCCGCACUUGUGAUGAUGAUACGGGCGAGAUAGUGAUCACGACGGCGCCCAGAGCAAGGCCGGGCCAACAGGUCAGAUCAAGGCCCUCGCGGCUUGUCCAAUUAUCGGGUGCACAUGAGGAUCGAGAUGGCACCGACUACACUGAUCCGGCCGAGAGGGAAUCUACCAACAGCACAGUCGAGUCCUCGAGGCACUCUGUGGCCACCACCGAUCCAUAUCGCUACUCCAUUGUGAGCGACACUUCAGCGCACAGUACAGCUACUGCCGUGGCGGACGAGGCCGUGAAGCGACCGAGCGACAGCAAACGGGCAUCCAUCGCUUCGUCCAUGAGGUCGGGCUCCUCGGCCACCACGGAUAGCACCACGACGACUGCGACCCUGGCGGAGCGAAGGUUGGCACGCCGUGCUCGAGUUCGUGAGAAGGUGCAACGUGAUCUCGACGCUACCAAGCUGAGUGUCACCAACGCCCAGAAGCCCAGCUUUUCCGUGGAAGAUUCGGUCGACUCCCCUGUGCUGGGAUGGUUUACGCAGUCCGAGGUGACGAGCCUACCCCGACAGCGGUCCAAGCAGACGACGCCCAGCAAAAGGCCAUCCAGCCUGGUCCUCCAGCUGUCGGCGCCUACAACCCCAGCGGAGAAUACACCCACCGAAAGUGACACCAAGGCUAGCCGUGCGUCCCGACGGUCUUCGUUGGGCGAUAUUUCCAAGAUGAUCCCCGAGACUGUGGGGGAAGAAAUAGACAGUCCGCUCACGACACCAAAGCCAACCCCUGUGUUAACCUUUACCUCCAUCAAAAGCGAGGAGAUUAAGCCCGACGAAGACGAGGAGGACGACAAACACGUCGUGCCGGCCCUGUCUCUGUCCCCCAUCAUCGCCGUUGCCAGCAUCGAGCCAAAGUCACCCUCAGGGACACAACUUCGGCCCCUGUCUCUACUGGCGGCGGGCGUAUCAGCUCCUCUCGUGUCGCCCCGUUCUGCUCUGCGCCCAGACGCCAAGGUCAAUGUUCGCCAUCGGCCUCUUCCCAUCAAGGUCGCGCAAGCGCCGGGUGACCUGACCAUUUGCGCCGCUAAACCCAAGCGCAACAGCUCCCUGCACAUCCCCACGCCUCCCACCUCCCCGAGCCCAAGCUCGCCCCGGACGAACAUCAUCUCGGCGCCCCCCUGCAUGAGCCAUGCGCAGUCUUUCAGCCAUCCCGUGCGGCAGGCGCAGAACAAGGAGCGUGAGUGGCUCAGCAAGCACCAAAGCCAGACGGUGGAAGAGUGGCGGCUGGCUGCGCUAGAGCGACGCGAGCAGCUCGAGAGGGAGCUGCAGGGCGAAGGUGGGCACAGCGGCGAGAUCGGGAUCGUCUCUGCGCAGGACCAGCGUCAACUGCCAAGAGAGCGGCAUCGACGUAGCACACUCAGGAUCCUGAACGGAGUCGACGCUGUCUCUCCCUCGUCGCAGCAGAGCACCAGCAGCGGCAGUCAUAACGAUGUGGUCACGACGGACGAGGGGGACGAGGUGGAGAAGAAGACGACAGCCGCCAAGAUGUCGGAGCAGGCGGUGGAGCAGCGGCUGCUGCAGACGCUCAUGCCGCUGCUGCAGAGCAUGGAGAGCACGCUGAGGGAUAUGCAGGAGGGUAAGAAUGCGAAUGGGAGUGAUUCGGGACUGAUCCGGCAGUUUAGGGACUCUAUGCGCGCCAUCGCGCCGUCCGGCGUGGAUCCUCCUCGAGAGCCAAGGUGGUCUUCGCCUUGA